AUGAAAGUUCUGCUUUCGAAAAUUCCGACCCGUGGUCUUCUCGCCUCCUUUUGCCUCUUCCGGCUUUUUCUCUCAAAUUUCGCCUCCUUACAAUCCCCUUUCUUCUUCAUCAUCCACGGUUCUUUCCCUUGCGUCUUUCCCGCCACUCUACGCUUCCGCCACGCCGCUCUAACCACCAUGUCCAGCCGCUGCUCCCUUCUUUUCGCUUGUCGUCAUUUUCCUACAACCGCCCGAACAUCCGCCCAAACCGCCCGCCCAACCGACCUCCAAGCCGUUCGCUUUUACCGAGAUGCACGCAUACAGCGAGGCAGACUCUACCUAUCUCCUUGUCCAUUCGAUAUGUCCAAACAUUCCGCCACUAACCAACCAGUUACUUUACGUCUUCUCAUAUCUAUCUAUCUAUCUAUCUAUCUAUCUAUCUAUCUAUCUAUCUAUCUAUUUAAAUCUAUCUAUCUAUCUAUCUAUCUAUCUAUCUAUCUAUAUGAGAUUUUUUACUUCUAUCUAUCUAUGUAUGUCAGAUUUUUAUUUCUAUCUAUCUAUCUAUCUAUCUAUCUAUCUAUAUAUGUCAGAUUUUUAUUUCUAUCUAUCUAUCUAUCUAUUUAUAUAUGUCAGAUUUUUACUUUUAUCUAUCUAUCUAAUUUAGUCUCUUCAUGUCUUCCCUCAGCGUGUUCCAAUUUGCAUGUUAGUAUGCAUCUAUCUAUCUAUCUAUCUAUCUAUCUAUCUAUCUAUGUUCAUAUAUUUCUGAAGUUGUUUUUCCUAUCUAUCUAUCUAUCUAUCUAUCUAUUUAUCUAUCUAUCUAUCUAUCUAUCUAUCUAUCUAUUUUAG